AAUUACAUAGAUAAGCAUGGAUAACAUGGCUCUGUGAAAACAAUAACAAUGAUGAUAUUAUUAGUUUUAUUAUAAGUCAAGUGUAUAAAGAUGUAAAAUAAUAUUCAGCAUCGUAUCUUAUUUAUUAAUUAUUUUACUAAUUAUGUUUUGGAGCUGUAGUGUGUGGAGUUGUCAAUCUGACUUGUCAACUCAAAUUGGUGGUCGGCAGAUAAAAUUUUAUCCAUAUCCAAAGGAUAAAACCUUACAAGAACAUUGGAAAACAAUUUGCAAGAAGGUUUCUCAUGUUAAAGAUAACAAUUUCUUUCGUUUAUGUGAAUUGCAUUUUGAAAAACGAUAUAUUACGAAAGAUUUAUCACUGAAACCUAAUGCAGUACCAAGUGUUUUUGAGGAUCUAAAUAGGCGAAAAGUACAUCAAAAUUUAUCUUAUGAUAGAAAUAAAACUAAAGGCUCUUCCAAUAAAAAAAUUAAAGUACAAGGACCAAAUUCAUCGUCAGAAGUGACUAAAAAAUCUCCAUUGCAAAAUCAAAGAAAAUCACCAAAAUUACCAAUAGUUCAUUCUCGAACUAUAAAGAACUCUUUAAAAACACCAGUCAAAUCAAAAACACCAGAGAAUUCUCCUAUUCGUUACCGUUUGGUAAUUGACAUUGAUAAAAUUUCUCAAGUUUCUAUAAAAACAAAUGAUAAAAGUUCAAAUAAUAUUCAGAGGGAUGCGAUUCAAAAGAGAAAAAGAAAAGAAACAAAUGUAUUUGUGAAAAAUGGAAUAGAAGAAGAUGAAGAAAAUUUCAGAUAUCUUGAUGAAAAUGUGGAAACUGAAAAAAAUUCAAAGAUAAUAGAUAUUUCAGAUGACUCUUGUCAAGAGGAAGAAAAAAAAAUAGUCAAAAAAUUAAGGUUUUCUGGUCAAAAUAUAAAUACUGAAGUGAAUCAAAUUAGAUUGCAACCUUCAAGUGAUUCUGUUCAAAAAUUAAAAUUUUCGGAUCAAAAUAUUAAAGCGAAUCAAGACAGAUUGCAAUCUUCUAAUAAAAAAAUAUAUUUCUCCUCCUCUGAUCAGAAUAAGACAACUGAACCAGAACAAAAAAGAAUGCAAAUUUCAAAUGACUAUCAUGAAAAAGAAGAAAAAAAAGAUGAUGAUGGUGAAGCAGAAUAUUCAUGGUUUUCUGAUCAAAAUGAAAUGAGUGAAGAUAUUUUACAGUCAACAAAUGAUUUACAUCAAGCAAAAAAUGAAGUCAAUGACGUUGAAGAAGAAGAAGAUGAGGAAAUGGAAGAAGAGUAUUUAAUAUUUUCCGAUCAAAACGAAACAAUUGAAGAAAAUGACCAUCAUCAAACACUGUCAGAGAAAUGUAAGAAUCUUUGGAGUAAUGCCGAUGAUAAUCGAUGUAAAAAUGGAUGUGCAUUAGAGAAAAUAAUUUGCGACGAAAAUAUAUCAUUCAAAUGUAUGAAUUGUAAUAAUAUUUACAAUGUUAUAAAUAAAUCACAGGAAGAAAUUUCAAACAAUACAUUUUGUUUGGACAAAACAAAAGAAUCUAAUGAUCGUACAACUAGAAUGAAUUUAUCGGAAUCAAAAAAAUGUAUACAAAUGCUUUCUGAACACUUGAUAUUUACAACUACCGGAAAUAGUAAUUCUUGUGGUGGUAAUUGUGAAUUAAAGAGCACAAUUUGGGAUGAAACCAAAGCUUAUAAAUGCAGGAAUUGUGGUAAUUAUUACAAUAAGUCAAUUGAAACAGUUGUACAAUUACCUUCUUCAGUUAAUGAGCCUAAUAAUGUGAAUGAUGAUGUACUGAGUGAUUUCUUUGAUGACGAUGAACUGGAGGAUUCAGACGAUGUAUCCUCCAAUUUUUGGGAUGACACUUCUUCGCCUGACACUGAGGAAGAAGAGAAAAAUUUGUUGAAAAAAAAUCUUAACAAUUCAAAAGCAAAUAACGAUAAAAAAGAUUCAAAGUUCUCAAUUAACAUUCAAGAAUCUUUAUCUGGAUGUGAAAAUGAAACUCAUUUGAAAGUAAACGAUUUGUUAAAAAUAUCAGAUGACAUUUUACAGAAACAUAAAGAUAAAUUGAUGGAAAAUAAUCAGACAAAAAUAUCAAAGAAUAAAUUGAGGAAAGCAAAAUAUUUAUUAAAGGAAUUACAAGAUAAGUCGAAAAAUGUCAACGAUUUGUUAAAAAUGUUAAAAAAGUCGAAAGAAGAGGAGAAAUUAUUAAAAAUGAUACCAAAUAUGAAAUUAAAACAGAAAAACAAUCAGACGCAAACGUUGAAUAAUAAAUUAAAGAAAGAAAAUGAAUUAUUAAAAACGCCAAAAAAAUCGAUAGAUUCAAACAAUUUGAUGAAAAUACCAAACAAUGAGACGAAAAAAUUAAUCAGUUUAUUGAAAACAUCAAAUGACAACUUUACAAAAAUUCAAGAUAAAUUCAAAACAAGUGUACAGACAAAUGCGCCGAAUGAAAUAAAAAAAACAAACAAUCAAAUGGAAAUGUCAAAGAAUAUCAGUCAUCAAGAGAAUGAAAUAAUCGAUUUGGAAGAAGAGAAUUUCCAGUGUGAAACUUGCAAUCAAAUUUUUUCAACAACCGAAUUGCUUAUUAAUCACAUCAAAGAACAUUUUACCUGUGACAUUUGUUAUACUUUCUGUGAUUCGGAAUUAAAAUUCAAUAGUCAUAUGACGCUGCAUGAAAGCUCUGAUAAGAAUUGUCCCUUUCAGUGUCACAUUUGUGAUUUUCCAUUUGAAACUAAGGAUUUAGCGAAAGAUCACAUUUCGAAUAUGCACAAUUUAAGACCUGAAACACAACUUGAAAACUUGUCAUUUACCGAUAUUGAUGAACGUCUCGAUUGUGAUUCAGAAGAAGAAACUACGAGGCAUAUAGAACAGACAUAUCUGGACGCACCGAACAAUUCCCCGGACAGUUCAAUUUCAAAAAAAUCUAAGACAAAAAUAGUGAAGUUUUUGUGUAAUAUUUGUGAAAUGGAAUUUUCUACAUUAGAGGAAAUUGAAGUGCACACAAAAAUUCAUUUAAACUCUCCGGUAAAGAAACUGAAGUGUAAUAUUUGUAAUGAAAUUUUUAGUGACAAUAAUUUAUUCCAGAUUCAUUUAGGAGAACACUUGGCUCGCUCUUAUCAAUGCCAUAAAUGCUCUAAAGCAUUUAUCGAUCAAAUAUCAUUACAAACCCAUAUGCAAUGCCAUGAAGUUUACUACGUUAUUCAACAUUAAAUUAUUUUAUAAAAUUUAUAAUAAUUUAAAUUAAUUUUCUUUCAUUGUUUUUUUUUUUUUUUUUUUUAAUGAGCCAAAAAUUUUGAACGUUCAUAUGAACGAAAUUUUUUUUGCAACUUCUUUAAGUACAAAUUUUAUUACAAAAUAUUGUUUAAAAUAUCUAAAAAGAUGUUAUUAAUUUAAUAAUUGUUUAAUUUACUGUUUUAUUUUACAUGGUCAUAAUAAUUUUUAAUAAUUUAUAGAUUGAAAAAAAUAUUUCGUUCAUAUGAACGUUCAAAAAUUUCGGCUCAUUUUUUUUACAUAUUUCUGUUUCAUUUAAAAAAAUUUUUUUUGAUUCCUUUCUUUAAAUAUUUUUUUAUUACAUUAAUUAAUUUUUUUAAUACAUAUUUUGUAUUAAAUUAAAAAUUGAAAAAUCUUUUCAUUGUAUGUUUGUACAGUUAGUAAAAAAACAAAUAAGAUUACAAAGAAGAAAAAUGAAAAAUAUAUUUUAAAUUGUAGUUGAUAA